AUGGUCAGUAUAGCUCAUGACUUUCUUAGAGCAGCGUCUGCUAUAUCUCCGGACUCAACAUUCAUCAUCGCAACAAAUCUGCACAAGGGCCUCGACUGGUACAAGAUCAUGCCCGACAAGCUGAAGAAAAUGAGUACCUCCUGUGAGAUUCAGAGCCCCGGAUCUAACAUUCCCCUCCCCGUUCUUUUUAUUAAUAACGGUCAAGCGACAAUUAUGGGAACGUCAAAGGGAUAUGCAGUCAUCUUUGAGGCGAAGCAUGGUAAAAGGGUGCAAGCUCUCAAACAUGGAGCUGGUGAUGGUUUGUACACCCACAAUGCCAAGGCUUAUGCCGAACUGGAGAAUGGUCGUCGAAUGAUAGCCACUGGGGAUGGAAACUGUGGCGAACGUACAAGAAUCAUGAUAUGGACCGAAAAUCCCAAGGAUAGUUCCUCUCGUGUAUCCAAGUUGCGGUUUAUUCUAUUCAAGAUCGUGAGUUAUGCUUUCUAA